AUGUCCUCCCAAGCCUACCAACCCCCGGCCUCCGCUGGUGCCGCAAUCGCCCGUCCUACGCAGCAGAUCGUUUACCUGUGUGCCGACUGUGGCAGCAAGAACCAGAUUCAGGCCAAGGAGCCGAUUCGGUGUAGGGAGUGUGGACAUAGGGUUAUGUACAAGCAGAGAACGACGAGGAUGGUUCAGUUCGAGGCUCGUUGA